GUUGUGCAGUUGGCAGUAAAAUAAACAAUGGCGCUGACACGAUAGUAUGGUUCUGCGGUUAAAUUUGUUUUUAUUAUGGUUUUCUGGAUAUCCUUACUUAUUGGAGAUAUGACGGAGGAUAAUACAGAUAAAUAAUAUAGCAUCAAAAUGGUAUCACACAUAUCAAUAGGUUGGUGUAGAUAGAAGUUCUCGAUACAAUGUUAUAGAAUGGCUUCUAAUUCAUACAACAGGGUGGAAUGGGUAGAAAUAAUCGAGCCCAAGACGCAGGAACACAUGUACGCCAAUUUGGCUACAGGAGAAUGUGUGUGGGACCCUCCAGAAGGUGUACCUGUCAAACGAACGGACUCCAACCAGUGGUGGGAACUUUUCGAUCAAAACACAGCUAGAUUUUACUACUACAACGCUACAUCACAAAAGACAGUAUGGCAUAAACCUACUAAUUGCGAUAUUAUCCCUUUGGCCAAGCUACAAACACUCAAACACAACACGGACUGUACGCCAGCCGCAACCAGCCACCAGUCCACGCAAACGGGCCAUCUCACCGAACGAGGCCAAGUAUUGAGCCUAUCGGCGAGCACCCCCCAAUUGAGGCGCAAACCCAGUGACCUGUGCCGGAGCAGCAGCUUUAGCCAGAGGGGCGCCGAGGCUCCGCUCUACUCCAACUGGCACGACUCCCAGCUGCUUCCGCUCGAGCAUUUCCUGCUCAACAACAGCCGCGACUCCGACAGCGACCAUUCGGAUAGCGGCAGCGAAUCCUUGACGGGCCAUGAGCCGGACAACGAAGAUUCCGACCAGUCCGAGGGCAGUUACCUGCCCCACCGAUUGUCCCACCGGCCUGUGGAAUACCUGAAUCUCCCGACAGCAGCUAGCACUGAACCGAGGGAGAGGGACAGGGAGAUGAAAGAGAGGCCGUCUGUACCGCUGCUGAAGCCUUUGGCCGAGCCACCGUUGCAGCCCGAACGGGAAGCCGAUAUGGAAAAGUUCGCUGUCGACAAUCUGAAUUUAGGCGGAAGGGGAUUGUUCAGGAGGAAAGCAAGUGUUCGUGAUUUACUCAGCUGGUCGGAACGGAGCCUGCAAAGGCCUCUGUUGGCGUCCAGUAAACCCGUGGCUCGUCAAGCUUUAGAAAUGUUCAGGCAAGUUCAGAUGUACAUGGGAGAUCGGAAAGCGAGGCCCGGAACUUCCCUGAAUUCUCUACUGAUGGAAAUACUCGGAACGGCCCACGUGCAGGGCCUUCUUAGAGACGAACUGUUCGUGCAGUUGUGCAGACAAACCACGGAGAACCCUCGGAAGGAAUCGCUGGUUCGCGGUUGGGAAUUACUCACCAUCGCGCUCGCUUUCGUUCCCCCGAGUCCCGUAUUCCAACCGGCUCUCUUGGGCUACUUAAAUAGGCAUAGAGACCCUACCUUUUCGAGGGUGUUCCCCGAUGUAAAUAGAUGGCCAAUUCACGUUCAAGUCAACCAUUAUGCGACAGUCGCGUGCCAAAGAUUAGAGAGAAUAGGAGCAGGCGGUAAACGAACCGCGAGGCGCCCCCAAAUAGACGAUAUCGAAGCCGCUCGAAAGCAGAUAUUCCAAGCGAGCAUGUUCGGUAACACGUUGCGCGAGGUGAUGCAAUUGCAGGCGAGCCGCUGGCCGAACCGCAGGCUGCCCUGGCCCCAGGUCGAGCUCUCGCAGCAAGUGUUGAAGCUGCAGGGUCUGACGACCGAGGGGAUAUUCCGCGUGUCGGCCGACGUGGACGAAGUGAACCGAUUGAAGGCGCAGAUGGACCUGUGGGAGAACAGCGAGCCGAGCGACGCCCACGUGCCGGCGAACCUGCUGAAAUUGUGGCUGCGCGAGCUGUACGAGCCGCUCAUACCGGACUCGCUGUAUCAGGAUUGCGUGGCGGAGCCGAUGACUCCUCGGCGCGCGUGCGAUUUAGUUCUACGCCUGCCGACGUUGCAUAGGCUUGUAUUAUGUUACCUAAUUAGGUUCCUUCAGACGUUUAAUAAGCCUGAGGUUAUACAACACACCAAAAUGGACGCUUCCAACUUAGCUAUGGUGUUCGCUCCGAAUUGCUUGAGAUGCAUGGCUAGUGAUCCCCGUACCAUGUUCGACAAUGCACGGAAGGAGAUGGCUUUUAUGAGAUGCCUCAUACAAGAGUUAGAUACUGAAUGUGUUCGGGAUAUGAUCUGACCUCGAAUUUUUAAUGUAUAUAUAUAACAUAUUUAUAUAAACAUACCAUUUAUUGUAACAUUUUUUAUUACAAAAUUAUUAUUUCAAUGUGAGUUAAUUUUUAUUAUUACUUUUACAAAUUGUGAUUUAA